CGGUUCGCCAGUCCCGAUGACAGAAGAUGUCGAUGGAGUGGGGUUACUGCGGCAAAGGCUGCACGACGCCGACGUCAUGAUGCGGUACGAUUACGCAUGGAAGCACAGCGAAUUUGGAACGAAGGUGGACAGACUCGUUGGGGUCUGCCUUCGCUUUCUUUACUUGGCAGGUACGUGGCUGGGUGGAACUACCAGUGACGAUGGCGCCAAGUUGCGCGUUGCUUGCCACUCCCUCACGCCAACUGCCGCGUUGACGAAUGCUGUGGAGACUGCUUCUGGUCAUAUGCGGUUUCAAUUUGUCUGUGACGGCGAGCACGAUGACUCGAAGCCUCCCCAUGUAACGUUUUGCUUCAUUGGUCCAUCCGUGAUGGGGAAACUCCACGACACAUUGGCUGCAACGACGGCGUUCACGUGGAAUUCGUCCGGGGUAUACUUCUUUCUCGUUGGUGACGCUGCAUGUUUGCCGCCACCAUCGUCAGAUGAAGAUGAGCGCGUACGUGGACUCAGCGCAUUUGGUCUUGGCCGUGAACUGCAAGCAACCAUGUCAGGACGCGGGUUCCACGCGGCCGCGCAUUACGUUUGCGAGUUCAAAGACCCACCAAACACCGAUACGUUGAGCGACGUCAUGGAUCAAUUCAACGUGCCCUUGUCCAACUUGAUGGUGCACACGGAAAAGUGGGAGGUAUAUGUGCCUGGCACGACUUCUUCUCCUUCAGCCAAGUGGGAGGUCGACAUUGAAGACAAUACGUAUUGGCAGCAAUACGCCAAGGGAAAGGCUUGCGACAGCUGCCACCAACACAACGCGAAGCUGCUGCGUUGUGUGCGAUGCCAGGCGGCAUUCUACUGUUCCCGCGAGUGCCAAAAGGCAGCGUGGAAGCUGCACAAGGGAGACUGUGCGCCUCCGUGUUUCAUUAAAUAAAAUUGAGUCGUUUGUCAGAA